AUGUCAUUAGAACCCAAAACAACAGCUCAAAUAACAUUAAAAACAUCAAAGGGAGACAUACAAUUACAUAUUUUUGCAAAAGAAUUACCAUCAGUAUCAAAACAAUUCCUUCAAUUAUGUCAAUUAAAAAAAUUCAAUCAUCAAAAAAUCAAAAUAGAUAAUUCAAAAAAUUUCAUAACUUUACUACCUCAAAUAGAAACAAAACUAGAGAAUGAAUCAAAUUCAAGAAUUAAAUGUAAAAGAGGAUAUUUAAGUAUAUACAAUAAUUCAUACGUACUAAGUUUAUCUGAAUUAAAUAAUUUAAAGUCAGUUUUUGGGAAGAUUAGUAACGAAUCUUGGUAUAUUUUACAAAAUAUUUCAAAACAAUUAGAACAAAAAAAAGAAGUAGUUAUACUAGAAACGAUAGUUGAUGUACCGUAUUUUGAAUUAGAUCAAGUUGAAAACGAAGAAGAGGUUGAAAAACCGAAAUUGAAGAAAAGUAAAAUUACCAUAAAUUAUAAUGAUGAAGAAGAAGAAGAAGAAGAAAUUAAAUUGGUAAGUGCUUAUGAUAUGAAAAAAAGUGGGAAAAAUCAAGAAAAGAAUCAAAAUGUUAAUAAUGAUGAGUUAAAAUUAGAAAAGGAAGAAAAUGAUAAAAAUGAUAUAGAAGAUGAAAUCGAAAAAGUACAAGCAGAAGAAAAUCUCAGUCUAAACGUUGAAAAUAAAAAUGAUGAGAAUGAAGAAGCAGCGGAAAAAGAAGAAGAAGAAGAAGAAGAAGAAGAAGAAGAAGAAGAAGAAGUAGAAGAAGAAGAAGAAAAUUCAGAUUCAGAUUCAGAAAUAGAACCAGAUCAACAACCGAUUCCAAAUCCAACAAUAGAUUCCCCUUACAAUCCACAAUUAGAUCUCCAAAAAGCAGAAAAUAUAACACUACAACAAUUGAAAACCCAUAAGUUCAUACCUACAUCAACAUACUAA